UCAUGAGAAUGUUGAUCUGUCAUCAUCAUUCAAAAUCAGAUUUGUAUAACAACUGUUGGCAUAGAAAUAAAUGGUGUUUGAAAAGCACUUUUUUAUAGAGCCUACUUGUAAUAGGAUAUGAUUGCAAAUUGGCAUUAAACCCUUUGUAUCUUUUUAUUGUAAGCUAUUAACUGAUUGUUUAUGAUUUAUGCAUACAGUCAUUCGCAUAACAUUGCUAUUUUUCAGUGCUGUGUUGCAAAAUAAUUAAUGGCCAAUGUCAGCACAGGGUUUCUGGCUCUUGUACUUCACAGCUGUGGCCAAUUUAAAUGGAUUAUUGGACUGUAUCAGGUGUGAUACAUCACCAUUGCUUCUGUGUCCUUAAUGUAUUUAGCCCAGUUCAGAACUACAUUUUGCCUCUGCACAACAUUAGCGGAAACACAAUUAAAUUCUCCCCGGAGGGAUGUUGACAGCCGGCAGGGACCGGGGGUGUGUAUCGGUUACAUGGAAAUUCAGAAUGAUUGGAUUUGAAUGUGCACCAUAUAGGCGACCAGAUGGCAGCCGGUGACACUGACACACUUACUCUUGACUCUGUGCCUGGUUCUCAACUCUUUGGUGGGGUUUCCUCAGUGAAUUUCAGGCAGGGGUGUUUACUUCUGAAAGGUUUUUUCCCUUCAGUUUUCCCCUCCUUAUCCGUCCAACUUUGAACACCUGGUAAUGAUUAGACUCCCUUGCAUUUAUUCACAUUCCAGUAGGCUAGACAUCAGAGAGGCUUCCAGUGGGUUUUUAUGUUGCAGAAUUAUGUCAUCAACUGCCUUCAUAUUGAGGUUUGGCAUGCUCUUUGUAGGUUUUGCUGAUACUGAUCAUAUCAAUGUUCAAAACAAUGUCAGUCAACUCCUGCAACAGACAACAGAGGCUAUUCAAGACCCAGUUCUCACUUGGGACACGUGUUAUCAAAAUCUUUCACGUUUUCUUUCAUCUUCGGUGUGAAUUUUAAUUGUCUCAAAAGGAUUCAAUGAAAAUGUCGGUCUGCGUCCACGAGAACCGCAAGUCUCGUGCCAGCACGGGCUCUAUGAACUUCUUCCUGUUCCACAAGUCCUCGUAUGCCGACAGUGUGCUAAUGCACCUUAAUGCUCUUCGUCAGCAAAGACUCUUCACCGAUGUUCUGCUCCACGCGGGAAACCGCUCUUUCCCGUGCCACAGGGCUGUGCUGGCUGCCUGCAGCCGCUACUUUGAAGCAAUGUUCAGUGGAGGGCUGAGAGAGAGUCAGGACAGUGAAGUGGACUUCAGGGACUCCAUUCAUCCAGAGGUAUUGGAGCUCCUUCUGGACUAUGCGUACUCAUCAAGAGUGAUAAUAAACGAGGAGAAUGCAGAGUCUCUCCUUGAGGCCGGUGACAUGCUGGAGUUUCAGGACAUCCGGGAUGCCUGUGCCGAGUUCCUUGAGAAGAACCUUCACCCAUCCAACUGCCUGGGCAUGCUGAUGCUCUCGGAUGCUCACCAGUGCACCCAGCUGUUCCAGCUGUCCUGGGGCAUGUGCCUCAGUAACUUCCCUGCUAUUUGCAAGACUGAAGAGUUUCUCCAGCUGCCCAAGGACAUGCUGGUGCAACUGUUGGCACACGAAGAGCUCGAAACCGAGGACGAGCGUCUAGUCUACGAGUCGGCACUUAACUGGGUGAACUACGACCUUGAGAGAAGGCACUGUCACCUUCCUGAGCUGCUCCGUACUGUGCGUCUGGCUCUCCUGCCUGCAAUCUUCCUCAUGGAGAAUGUCUCUACGGAGGAGCUCAUCAUCGCACAGGCUAAAAGCAAAGAGCUGGUGGAUGAAGCCAUCCGCUGCAAACUGCGCAUCUUGCAAAAUGACGGCGUCGUCAAUAGUCCUUGCGCCCGGCCACGCAAGACCAGUCAUGCCCUUUUCCUGUUGGGUGGCCCCACGUUUAUGUGUGACAAGCUCUACCUGGUGGACCAGAAGGCCAAAGAGAUCAUUCCAAAGGCAGACAUCCCCAGUCCACGCAAGGAGUUCAGCGCCUGUGCCAUUGGCUGCAAAGUGUACGUGACAGGGGGCCGUGGCUCAGAGAAUGGUGUGUCUAAGGACGUUUGGGUGUAUGAUACGUUACAUGAGGAAUGGUCCAAAGCAGCUCCGAUGCUAAUAGCACGUUUCGGUCAUGGUUCCGCUGAGUUACGCCACUGCCUCUAUGUCGUUGGAGGUCACACUGCUGCCACUGGCUGCCUGCCUGCAUCACCAUCUGUGUCCUUGAAGCAGGUUGAGCAGUUUGACCCAGUUGCUAACAAGUGGAGCAUGGUGGCACCGCUGCGAGAAGGAGUUAGCAAUGCCGCUGUCGUCAGCGUAAAGCUGAAGCUAUUCGCCUUCGGAGGGACGAGUGUGGCCCACGACAAGCUACCCAAAGUUCAGUGCUACGAUCCCUCAGAAAAUCGCUGGACAGUCCCAGCGUCCUGUCCACAGCCGUGGCGCUACACUGCAGCUGCUGUUCUCGGCAACCAGAUCUUUGUAAUGGGAGGCGACACUGAGUUCUCCGCUUGCUCUGCCUACAAAUUCAGCAGUGAAUCUUAUCAGUGGACUAAAGUUGGAGAUGUUACAGCCAAACGAAUGAGCUGCCAAGCGGUGGCCUCUGGAAACAAACUUUACGUGGUGGGUGGCUACUUUGGUACUCAGCGCUGCAAAACCCUGGACUGUUACGACCCCACGCUGGAUGCCUGGAACAGCAUCACUACUGUACCAUAUUCCUUAAUCCCCACUGCCUUCGUCAGCACCUGGAAACACCUUCCAGCCUGAAGCACGCCUCUUCUCCCCUGAGUGACUCUACUGUCCUAUGAGAGUUCUUUGUGUCCAUUUGUCGUUAUUGUCUACUGGGUUCCAACUGUGAAGAAACACUAUAACCUUCCUGUGCAAUUUUAUGAAGAGACUUUCUCCCAUAAGAGCUAAAUAUUGUGUACGAAGUCCAGUCUCAAAGCUUUUUUUUCUGCAGCCUCACCAGUUCAACUUUUUUUUUUUUUUUCUCCAAACUUCCUGUUUGGAUGUUUCAAGUACAUUGUGAUGUCAUAUCCUACAUUUUGUGGAGUGUCAGAACUUGGACAUCACAGUGAAAACCAAAAGAACUGCAACGCGGCCUGGAAGUCCAGUCUGCUUCCAUCGUAACCAGCAUAUUCAUCACCUUCGUCCCCCACAUUUGUGUACGCUGACCGUUUUUGUACAAUGCUGAUGCCAUGUAAGCUAAAAUAGACCUGUAUGCCUGUCUUAAUUUUUAUACUGCAUGAAGGAUGAGUGGAAGCUUUUUCAUUGGGAGAUCAACAGGAGUCUCAGUGCAUGAUUGGAGAUGUUAAGAUAGUCCAGGAUAAGUACCUCAUGUCCUGAUAUGUAUAUAUGUAUGUUGAAAAAUAGACCUUGC